AGAAACAAGGGUUACUUGCCGUAACCCGAGUUCCCCGAAGGUGUGUAGACACACCAGAUGAACACACCCGCCCUCCUCCCCUUUCUCAAGGGUGGUUCUUCUUUCUUUUUGUGCUCUCUUCGGCAGGGCUCCGUCGGGAAACUGGAGGGGAGAAAGGCCGCCCUCCCUAGGACCAUGGGAGGGGCGGAACCUGAACUCUUUCUGGUCAGGCUGCCUGCUAUCAGUGAGCAGCGACCAGAGUGAUCAUCUGGCGUGUCUACAUACCCUCGGCGAACUCAGGUUACGAUCCAUAACAUGGUGGCAGUACUGGAAGUUAUCUCCAGCUUGGAGAAAUAUCCCAUAACCAAAGAGGCGCUUGAGGAGACGAGAUUAGGGAAGCUCAUCAACGAUGUCCGCAAAAAGACGAAAAACGAGGAGCUUGCCAAACGGGCCAAGAAGUUGUUGCGGAACUGGCAGAAGCUGAUCGAACCCGUCGCCCAGAAUGAAGCGGCGCCUCGGGGAUUGCCCAACCCGACCGGGUCGGCCAACGGCGGGGCCCACAAUUGCCGGCAAGAGGUGGCGCCGGCUACGGUGGCCGGCCCCAAGCCGGUCAACGAGUUCAAGAACAGGAAUGACAUCCAAAAGCUGAACUCUCCGAAAGCCGAGAAAGCGGGGAAUCGGAAGAGGAAAGGUGACCACAGAGAUGGGCACCAGGGCCCGCCUUCCAAAGUGUCCAAAGCGAGUCACGAACCGUUGCAAAACUCCUCUCCGCUCCCGACCAACGGAAUCGGGGGCAGCCCGGAAAGCUUUCCCAGUCCUCCUGAGGCAGGCGCGCUCCCGGGGCCCGAAGGCAGCUGGACGGACCUGGGCGAGAACGAUAAACAAAGCAAAAUCCCCGUCAACGCCGUGAGACCUCACACAAGUUCCCCCGGGCCUGGGAAACCUUCAAGCACUUGCUCCCAGGGCAAGGCGGCGGGGCUUCAGCCGCCCGACAAGCCCGAAGAAGCCGCCGGGCCGCACCGGCCCAAGAGCCCACUCUGCUCCUUCAGCCCCCGGACCGCGCGGCCCGAGACUUCGAUCCGACAGCACGGUACGUGUGCGUCGAAGGGGUCGGUGCCCAGCCCGUCCCGUAGGCCCCAGCUCCCGGACCCGAGCCAGGCAGCGUCCUCCCCCCCGCCGCCGUGCGGGCCGCAGCCGGCGGCGACCAAAAGACUGGAGGCCGGGCAGCAGCCAGGCCCCGAGGCGUCUCAGCCCUGGCAGGAGCACCUGUCUUCGGAAGGCCACCACCGGCACGCGGCCGGGACCCCGCUGCAGCCCCCGGCCCCCGGCUGUAAAGCGAGCGUGCCGCCCGGGGAGCCCCCGAUGCCGCGGAUCGGGUUCUCCCCGGACGCCGCCUCGAAAAUGGACAGUGAUGAUGCCGCCUCGGGGUCAGACAGUAAAAAGAAGAAAAGGUACCGACCCAAAGACUACACGGUGAACUUGGAGGGACAGGUGGUAGAAGUAGGGGUGAAGCCUGUAAGGUUAAAAGAAAGGAAGCUCACCUUUGAUCCCAUGACCGGGCAGAUCAAGCCCCUGACCCACAAAGAGUCCCUGCAGGUGGACAUCCCUGCGGUCGUCGAGCAGCACAGGACAGAACCGGAUCCGCAGGAGCAGAAAUCCAGCCUCCCGAGUCCUUUCGAGCAGACGAACUGGAAAGAGCUGUCCCGGAACGAGAUCAUUCAGUCCUAUUUAAACAGACAGAGUAGUUUGCUCUCCUCGUCGGGAGUACAGACCCCUGGGGCUCACUAUUUCAUGAAUGAAUAUUUAAAGCAGGAAGAGAGCACUAGACGAGAAGCUCGGAAAACUCACGUUCUCGUACCGGACAGUAGAGCCACAGAUCUGCCUGGGGUCAGUCGAGAGGUCACGGGUGACGACCUCGACAGAAUACAGGAGCAUCACUGGCCGGGUGUGAACGGUUGUUAUGAUACACAGGGUAAUUGGUAUGAUUGGACUCAGUGCAUAUCUUUAGAUCCACACGGCGAUGAUGGGAAAUUGAACAUCCUACCUUACGUCUGUCUAGACUGAGUGCGGUUUUGCUAAAAUGCUUUACCAUCUGCAGUUAGCAAAAAUGGCAGACCCACCCCCACCUCCCCACCCCCACCCCCCGCCCCU